AAGCGCGCGCGCGGUCCAAGGACACGUAUACAUCCCGGCUGCCUGGCUGGCAUAUCCUGGCUCCGGUCUCCAACACUGCUCCUCCUCCUCCUUAACCAACCUCCAGCGCAAUGGCAAUGCUUAAUGAGGCGAACUUGAGUCCUGCGGACGCACAUGCUCAUGCCAACGCCACCACGCCCACGCACAGCAAGGCGGCUGCGAUGUCCAGUGCGACCACAAUGCUGACCACAAAAACGCCGUUCUCCAUCGAGCACAUAUUGUUUCAAAACUUAAAUAGUGCCAGCAAUAAUAACAAUAGUAGUGAUAGCAACAGCAUCGGCGCCAACAGCAACAACUACGCUCAAAAGAGCAACAGAAGUGCGGCGAAAAGUGCCAGAAGCGGCUUUGCCAACGACAAUAAUCCGCACAAACAUCCGUCGCAACAUUCGCAUCCGCCGGCGUCCGCAUCCGCAUCUGCAUCCGCGACGGCUACUGCCCGUAGCAACCAGGCUGCGUCGGGUUAUGCUGGCGAGGAUUACGCCAAGUCCUUGCACAACACUCAUCGGUCUAACACCCAUUUACGUCAUGGGGCUUCCCACUACAACGGAGAUCAUAUUUCCCAGCAAUUGGGAUCCGGAGCGGGACCACAUCCGCCAGUGCCAACAACUCAGCCUCAGCCUCCGCCUCCGUCGACCCUGAAUGGAGGAAGUGGCGCAUCCAAUGGAGUGCUGUAUCCGAAUGCACCGUACACCGAUCACGGAUUUCUCCAAAUGACCCUCGGAUAUCUCUCCCCAUCGUCGGGCACUUACAAGUCCGUGGAUCCCUAUUUUCUAUCACAAGCCAGCCUGUUCGGGGGAGCGCCCUUCUUCGGAGCGCCUGGAUGUGUGCCGGAACUGGCCCUCGGUCUGGGAAUGGGCGUGAAUGCCCUGCGCCACUGCCGCCGGAGGAAGGCCCGCACGGUGUUCAGUGAUCCGCAACUGUCCGGCCUGGAGAAGCGGUUCGAGGGUCAGCGAUACCUCUCCACGCCGGAGCGCGUGGAGCUGGCCACCGCCUUGGGACUCAGCGAGACGCAGGUGAAGACCUGGUUCCAGAACCGCCGCAUGAAGCACAAAAAGCAGCUGCGCCGGCGCGACAAUGCCAAUGAGCCCGUCGACUUCUCACGCAGUGAACCGGGAAAGCAGCCGGGCGAAGCCACCUCCUCCUCCGGGGACUCCAAGCACGGCAAACUGAAUCCCGGAUCCGUCGGCGGCACGCCCUCUCAGCCCACAAGCGAACAGCAGCUGCAGAUGUGCCUGAUGCAGCAGGGAUACUCCACCGAUGACUACUCCGAUCUGGAGGCUGACAGUGGCGAUGAGGACAACUCCAGCGACGUGGACAUCGUCGGGGAUGCGAAACUCUACCAGUUAACAUAGAUAGUUCGAUCGGGAGGAGGACUUGGAUCCUAAAUUAGUAAAGUUUUCGGUG